GUCGCGCCGGUAUUUCAAACAAAUCGUACAUAUCUUGCUAGUAUUGUAUGAUGUUUGGUUUCGAAUCCAUUGGUGACUAUCGUGUAUUAAUUGAGUAGUAUUAAAAUGGAUGCUUCAAGGCCAAGCAUGAGAGCUCGGAAAGUGGUUAAUUAUGCAGCCAUGAACGGUGAUCGAUCUGAUAGUGAGGAUGACACCGUCAAGUGUGUCAACGUUAAGCUUACAGUACCAUUUACUACAGUAACUAAGCCUUCUAGAUUGAGCAAGCUGAAAUUAGGUACCAGAAAGACUAAAUUGUCGAAAAGUGAUGACACUAAACUUGUUAACGUUACAUUAAAACCCAUUUUGGAUGAUGUGGAACCAACAAAGCUUUCUAUGACAUCACCAUGUCCCACAAGUAACUUGGAAGAGACUGAGCUUUCUAUUGCAGAACCAGAAUUGACAACUCAUAGCAUUUUUUCCCAAGAAACUGUAAUUACAUCCUCAUGUGAGUGUCUUUCUCCUCAUGAAUUCACCGAUUCAUCAGAGUCUGACACCUAUUGCUCUACUGUUGAGAUAACAUCUAUGAAAGAAAGUGCUAAGCUAAAUACAAAGUGUGACCCUACGAAAUUAAAAACCAAUGAAGACAGAAUAAUCAAACGAAGAAUUAUAAGUGAAAACCUGUGCCAGCAAAAGAAAGUUAAAAUUGAUACAGAAGAAACUAAAAAUCAGAAUACCUUUUCAGUGAAUGAAUCAUCUGUUUCCAAACCUGAUGAAGAUGUCUGGCCAGUGCCACUACAGAUAUCAGAACUACCUACUUGUUUGUUAGGGACAGACAAAGCAUCCCCUGGAAAUCGUGUGAAUGUUUAUCGACAAUUAGCUACUUCAUCUACUUUAUCUUUUGGUACACAUGAAGAAGUAUCAAUCUUUCAAACGAGUACUGUGCAGUCACCAGUUCAACCGACAAACCAAUUAGUGAAGCAUGGACAUUCGUCAGAAAUCGAAUGUUUUCCAGGAGCUAUAACUCUGAACAUAGUAAAAACUUCGGAUGAAAGUGGGUCAAUUAUUAAAUCUGCUACGUCAGCACUAUUGACUCCAAAAAAGACCAAAAGUGCCACAAAAGAGGGAUGUACAAGUAAAGUACGAGCGACAAAGAACACAGCGGCAAAGUUGAAGUUGAAAGACAGUUUAGCAAAUCUUCUGAAAAGUAAAGAAAAAUCAAAUAAUACAUCAGCACCAACAGUGAUAGAUGAACAAAUCGCAAAAGCAUCUUUGUCUGUUAUCAAUGGCGGUAACAUAACGGAGCUUAAUACAUCUCGAAAUGUGACGAGCCCACCACAUUCAGUUACUGUUUUAAAGCCACCAAGUCCUCAACCAAGGAAACUUACCAUGAAAUGGAAACCGCCAGGUAAAGCUAGUGGUAUAAGCACCCCAUUAGGUGGUACUUCUCCGGCCAUAGGAAUUCGAUUAGGUUUGUCUCGAAACCGGCGCGCCAGUAAGCCUUUACAUCCAGAUGUCAAAGUGAAGAUAUAGUAUCGAAAUGAAGUUACUUUAAAAAUAGUUUUUCGUCGCGCAGAUUUAUGUGUUUGUUGUAUUUUUUUUUUUGCACUGAUUAUAUGCAGGA